AUGCAGAUUUUCGAACUCAACACCGUUACGUAUGGACUUUCGCCUUCAUCGUUCCUAGCUACGCGCACCUUGCUUCAGCUCGCAGAUGAUGAAGGUGCUCACUAUUCGCAUGCACAAGCUGCCCUGAAACGGAACUUUUAUGUAGAUGAUUUCAUUGGUGGUGCCAGUACAGUAGAAGAUACUGUCCGUCUUCGCCAGGAGCUAUCGGAUCUGCUUGCGAAAGGUGGAUUCGAAUUGCGCAAGUGGACAUCGAAUCAUCUAGGUGUUCUCAGCGGUUUAAGUGCUGAUCAGAUCGGCACACAGUCAUCGUUGCAGUUCAUUCCCAAUGAAACGGUGAAAACACUCGGUAUCUCCUGGCAACCAGAAUCUAAUGAGCUGUGUUUUGAUUCGAACGUUUGUGUUGAAUCAACAUCCUCAACGAAGCGAUCCAUACUAUCAGGCAUCGCGAAGAUGUAUGAUCCGCUUGGGCUGAUUGCACCUGUAUUGGUCCGUGCAAAGUUGCUAAUGCAGGAAUUAUGGCUGCUAAAAUCCGGCUGGGAUGAUCCCGUUCCCGAACAGAUCUACAACAAAUGGACAACGAUUAGUGAUGAAUGGCAAUCUCUAGCUACGUAUAAAACUAAUCGUCAUGUUCUUUCACCUAAUUCACAAGUAGAGCUCCACACGUUCACCGAUGCCUCCGAAGCAGCCUACGGAGCCUGUAUCUACGCGCGUUGUGAAAACGAGGAAGGAGAAAUACGGAUCAGCUUACUAGCAUCGAAGUCCCGAGUAGCACCUCUUAAACGAGUCACAUUGCCGAGACUCGAACUCAACGCAGCUGUUUUGGGAGCCCAUCUCCAUCACCGGGUCCAGAAGGCGAUGCAGAUCGAUAGCGUCGAGUCCUUCUUCUGGUCAGAUUCAACUGUAACGCUGAAGUGGAUAGCAUCUCCACCCAAUACGUGGAAAACAUUCGUGGCGAACCGUGUUGCUGAAGUGCAGCGCUUUUCUCAUCCGCGACAAUGGCGACACGUUCCUGGUUCCAGCAAUCCGGCCGAUUUGGUCUCUCGCGGCAUGUCGGCAGCGAAUUUCAUCAAAAGUCGACAGUGGCACUCCGGUGCGGAUUGGCUAGCUUUUCCUUCAUCGUCAUGGCCCAGCUCAAAGCCUGAUUCCAUCGACGGAGUGGAUCUAGAAAUCCGGCAGGUGAGUGCAAAUAUCGCUUCCACAUCGACUCAUCCAUGGUUCGAUAUUUCAUCGUCGUAUUCUAGAUUGGUGCGUAUAAUUGGGUACUGCGUACGUUUUACGCGUAAUACUCAACUGAAGGCGCGCACACAACCAUCAUUACACCACAACGUAGCACCACUAAGCAUCACGCCAGAACACUUGGAAGCAGCUAAAACUGUGCUUUGCAGAUUAGCACAGCAGGAUGCCUUCGCUCACGAAAUCAAGCACUUGACAAAGGGAGAAGCCUUAUGGAAGCAGUCAUCGAUACGCAAGUUAAGCCCCUUCAUCGACGAGACGGGCGUAAUACGAGUGGGAGGACGAUUAAAGCUCUCGCAGUUGCCGUACCAAUCGAAACAUCCCGUGGUGCUUCCUAAACAGCAUAAGUUUACCCGUCUCAUGGCUGAACAUUACCACGAACAACUUAUGCAUGCUGGCGGAAGACUUCUACUAUCCCAGAUGAGAGAGCAGUAUUGGCCACUAGACGGACGUCGACUGGUGAAAAGCAUCGUGCGGAAUUGCUUUCGCUGUAUUCGCCAAGAUCCCGCAUUGGCACAGCAACCCAUUGGUCAACUCCCAUCAUCACGCAUUACACCGAGCCGGCCUUUCUCCAUCACUGGAGUGGAUUACGCCGGACCGUUCUACUUAAAGCCUGCGCAUCGAAGGGCCGCAGCUACUAAGAGCUACCUGUGCGUAUUUGUUUGUUUCACCACGAAGGCUGUUCAUCUUGAACUCGUGGGAGACCUCACAACCGCAGGAUUCUUAGCCGCACUACGACGUUUUACUUCGCGCCGCGGCCUACCGUCCCACAUCCAUUCGGACAACGGUAAAAAUUUUGAAGGAGCCGAACGCGAGCUCAGGGAGCUUUUUCAGAUGUUCGACGACGAGCAACAACGGAACAUCAUUGUUGCUGAUUGUGCGAAUAAGGGCAUCACGUGGCACUUCACUCCACCGAAAGCUCCAAACUUCGGUGGAUUAUGGGAAGCAGCAGUCAAAACCGCGAAAAGACAUCUCUACCGGCACCUAGGCGGCACGAGGCUGUCUUACGAAGGCUACUGUACCGUGCUUCAACAAAUAGAGGCAGCAAUGAACUCCCGACCAUUGUUACCACUAUCCGAUGAUCCCGACGAACUAGCUGCACUAACACCGGCACACUUUCUAAUCGGCACAUCGAUGCAUGCUGUUCCCGAGCCGGACUACACUCACCUGAAAUCGUGCACCCUGGAUGAUCUUCAGAAGUGGCAGCUGCUAGUGCAACGUUUUUGGAAACAUUGGGCCACCGAAUACCUACAAGAGAUGCAGAAAAGUUACACACGGCCGGGCAGCAACAACAACAACAUACUUACCGGCAGGUUGGUGAUACUAAUGGACGAAUCUUUACCUACUACUCGUUGGCCUCUAGCACGCAUCAUACACACUCACCCCGGAGAGGAUCAGAUCGUGCGCGUGGUAACACUGAAAACCGCGAAGGGAAUAAUAAAGCGUCCGAUCACGAAAAUUUGCAUCUUGCCGCUGCGCACCGACAACGAGGACAACACAUGCUGA